UAUUGUUGAUGUUUUAUAGUAUGCGUUCUUUUGGGAAUAAAACGGGUGGAUUUUACUGUUUAAUUCAUAUUCCACAAACGCAAUAUUAAGCAGAAUACUCUGUCAAGACUAGUUGGGGGCACGUAGUGAAAAACUACAUGGAACAUUUUUUACUUGACUGAGUAUGUACUCAAUUAUUUGUAGUACUACUUUUUAUGAGUAAAUAUACUACAUGAUACUUACUUUUUAAUGGAAAAAGAUACUACAUACUUUGAUAUGAUUUGUAGUGAAUAAUUUUUGAACCAUCACAUUGAAUAUGUACAAUCCCACACGACAUACUUGAUCUCUCGGGUGGCACUCACUGGUGUAGACGAUGUCAUCCAGAAAUUUGUUUGCUAAAAUUGUUGAAGGUUGCAGAAGAAGAAGUGGCACCGCAGGAGCCUUGUCAUUGCUCUCCAGUGACAAGUGGGACUGUUUUUACACCUUCUUUCUAAAUAAGGAAGCGGCCUGACAGACAUAUGACCACCAACCCAAUUUGGGUGCUGCCUUGAGCCCACUCAACCCCCCUUACGCCCCUUACUGGGCCAGCAAUGACAAAACAUUGAAGGCGCUUUCUUGCUGCCAUCAGGGCCCUCUCCAGCCUUACAUUGGGAAUCAGAUCCUGGGAGGAUGCGGAGCCCCUGGCUGGCCUGAUAGUGGGCUCUCAAUUCUUCCUUUCUUUGAUUUGUGUGUUUGUUUUUGUUUGUUUCUGUUUUGGUGCAUGGUGGAUUUCUUGCAACUCUUCUUUUUGGUCGAGGAGCAAGGAGAGAGAGCAAGUGCGUGCGUGUGGGGGGGAGAGAGAGAGGCGUGGAGGUAGGAGCUGCAAAACAUGGUAAUCACCAGCAGCAGCACCAGCACCAUCACCUCCAGCGUCUCCUCUCCUCCUCUGCACCGGGGCUUGCGUUUCAUGCCCUGCACAGCUCCAGAAAUAACCCUCAGCCAGCAUGCCGAAGGGAGAAAAACAAGAAGAGCGGUAUUUUUAGGCUCAUUAAUUUGGACCACGUGGUCUGAAGGUAAACCGGAUGGCCGGAGCUCACAGGCUCCUCGUCAGUAUGUCCUGCGAGGCCGCCACGCCGCACUGGACGCUGACCGCGGCGGUUCUCCUGAGCCUCCUGCUGGGCAUCGUGUCUGCGUACCCGCUCCCGAGCGGCCGGACAAAUGGCACCUUGCUGCUGGAGAAGCGCUGGGAGACGCUCUUCUCUCGCUCCGUGCUCGGGAUCUCCGGGGAGAAGCCGGAGCUCAACUGGGAGAGUGACUACCUGCUGGGCAUCAAGAGAGUGCGGAGGCUCUACUGCAACGUGGGCAUCGGCUUCCACCUCCAGAUCCUCCCCGACGGCACGAUCAACGGUGCCCACCACGAGAACCCGUACAGUCUCAUUGAGAUCUCCACGGUGGAGAGAGGAGUGGUGAGCCUGUACGGAGUCAAGAGUGACUUGUAUGUCGCCAUGAACAGACGUGGGAGGUUAUAUGGGACGACAGUCUUCCAUGACGAGUGCAAGUUCCGAGAGAGGAUGCUCCCCAACAACUACAACGCCUACGAGUCGCUGGCGUACAGAGGCUCCUUCGUGGCGCUCAGCAAGCACGGCCGCGUCAAGAGGGGCAACAAGGCCACCACUGCCAUGACUGUAACGCACUUCCUACCCCGAAUAUGACCUCCCCUGAGCAAAGACUGGCAAUAACACACUUAUUUGCACAUGUGGACUCUUCCCAGGUAACUUCAAUACCCGAUCCAUUCUGUACAUCCAUAAAAAAACCACCACGGACUGUCAUAGAGAGAAUAUCCAAUAGUAUUUAUUCAGACUUUAUAUGUAUAUUUGGGUAGCUUACUUUGUAUUAGAAAUGAUGAAAUGCCUUUCUUUGCUGCUUUUUUGGAUUUCAAACCAAUUUGUGUUGGGUGGGGGGAGGAGGCUUCAUUGGUCUCUUCAUUCUACUGUAUGGGUGCUUGCUGGAGUCAGUGGAGUGGGUGCCCGCUUCUUUUUGGAGAUGAUCAUUGUAUUACCUCAAAGCACCAAAAAUCCUGAAAAAUAUACAUGCAUGGAACUUAUACUGAGGAAAAAAAAAUUGCCUGUGAACAUGUUUUUGUUGUGCACCAUCUCCGUUUGUUGGAUAUCGUCUCUGACAGGGCAGCUCAAGCACUUGCAAAUAUGGCGGUGGUUGUUCUUGUUUUGUCAUGAGGUAGCGGUGCCUUGAAUUCCUAUUCUGCCCCCCGCCCCUUUUUCCCCCCCUUUGCAUGCAAGUAUCGCCGGUGCUUAAGUCAGAAAUAGGAAUGACAGACAAGCCAUCACUCCGCAAGUCAGACGCCAGCGUUGAUCUUGAGCCUCAUUCCAGGAAGGCCACACGAUGUUCCCUCCGGUAAUGAGCUAAAUGAAGUGAAUUGUGAUUGCAGAGCCUUUUCGAAACAUUUGAAAGAAAGAAAUCGGGCCCCGGAGGGAGUUUUGACAAUCCCGCAAUUUGGUGAUCAAAAGUCUUUGUGGACAUGCCAUUGUCAUCCAAGUAUGAAGGAAACCUCAUUUUUCUCACUUAGUUUCUACAGAUGAGAGUGCGCCGUCUGGCAUUUAGACAAAAGAGUGACGGAGGCUUCCCUUUUGGUUUGGCCUUUAUGCAGGAAAUAGCGUGGAUGCUACUGUUGAUUAGUCAGUUCACUGUCAAUGAGAGUCCGCUCUGAGGGACAUCAGGAUUCGACACUUCAGGUACCCCAGUCCCUCCCAUUUAGUAUGACAUUUGUCUUUAUUAUUGAUGAAAUGUAUUUAUGCAAAUUGGUCACUGAGUAUGUAGCGUACUUUUCCUUGAAUGCAACCCUUUGAGAUACUGUAAUUUGGCGAUGGGUCGGGGAGGGGGCGAAGGCCACGACGGCAGCGAUGCUCCAAGUUGGGACUUUUAAGGGUCUCUGCGAGUGGCCGCCGUUGUUGAUUGAAUGAUGCGAGUGAUGUGGACGAACACUGCGGGCCCCCCAUCCAUCCGAGCCACUUGUGUACUGAGGCUCUCGGUGCUGACGUCUCGUUCUCGGGUUACUGACGUUUCGUUGUUUUCUUGUGGCGACCUUGUUCUUUGAGCAGCAUGACAAGCGAGCCUCUCGUGUUUUCUCAUGUGGAUUGAGAUGAGGAUGUCAUGACUCAUCGACACCGUUUUCGGCCCUGCUGAAACGCGCUGCAAUCAGUGUUUAGUUUUGGGGUACAGUGGAACCUCUGAAGUACUAAAGUUGCUCAGCCGAGCGAUUCUGGAAAGUGGGGUGGGGGGGGAGCUCAAAUGUCACAAAUCUUUUUCUUUGGCUUUUUGAGAUAUGGAUUCCAAUUGCCACAAAAGAGGCAAGGGAUGCUCCUCAAUACAAUAUGGCAAAAAAAAAAAAAAAGUGGACCCUUUCAUUCACCCUCUAACCUAAUAA